AUGGUGCAUGGUGUGGCAGACUCCGGAAACAAGUCCAACCCAUUUACGACUGGCAGAACCCAUCAGGAAGCAACGGCUUUGAGGGGUCUGGAGCGGGCCGCCAUGUCUGGCGUUGGUUAUGAAGAACCGGAGACUCGGUACCAUGCACAUAUCAUCAAACUGCUGCUCUCUGCUCUGCCAUCUAGGAACGAGAUCCAUAGGCUAUGGCAGGCAGUGACCGACUCAGAGAAAUACCACCUGUCGUACUACCACCAUCGUUCCUCGUGUACUAGUAGCUCUGCGGGAUUUCCGCCCGAAUUUGGUCUUUCACAACCGAUCCAGCAUCCCGUCAUAUUGGCAAGAAGGAUGCUUAUCUUCGCAACAGCCCUGCAGGGUCUACCGCCGGUGGUUGACCUUGGACUGUCCAAGAACCAUGUGACGAUCAUGGACGAGGUCGUGGAGGCUGUGAUCAGCCUGGUCAACGUCAAUGAUGCUCUGAUGGGAUCAUUAGAAGCGCUGGACAACCUGAUGCUACAGUCAAUGUUCCACAUGAACUGCGGCCUUUUGAAGCGGUCUUGGAUGACGUUGCGGCAGGCUGUGAUGUGUGCACAGAUACUUGGUCUCCACCGCGCUGGCCACCACCGCUUUACGGUCUUGGAUGCUGCCCGCGAAUAUGAGCCGGAGACAAUGUGGCAUGAAAUUGUAUACAUGGAGCGGGUCGGCUCUUUGUUACUUGGUCUUCCCACCAGCACGGGCAUGACAGUACUCGUACGACUGGACCUCACCAAAGACAUCCCGCAUGAGAAAUACUUAUCUACAGUGCUCGGCAAUGUGGCGGCAAGAAUCCUGGACAGAAACCAAAUCCAAUCUCCACAGCAGGCGCUCGACACAACCAAAAGUAUCGACAAAGAGAUGAUCUCGAUCUCUGAGCAGAUGCCAUCUUCAUAUUGGCGCCCACUGGACUUCACAGGCAUCAAUAAAGCCUCGGCGGACGCAUUUGGUGAGGUCCAGCGAGCAUUCAGCCAUGCGAGCUACUACACCCUCAUAAUCCAGCUUCACACCCCAUACAUGCUCUGCCCUACGUAUCCGACGCAGACCGCAUACUCGAGGAUGGCUUGCGUUAAUGCUAGUAGAGAGAUUCUUAGUCACGAAGUCGCACUUCGAUCUUUCACCGCCAUCACCGCGUUCUGUCGGCUAAGCGAGUUCUUGGCCUUGAUCGCUGGAGUUACAUUGAUGCUCGCCCAUGCCUCGAGUCACUGCAGCCAGCAAGCAGGGAACUUAUUAUCUCACCAACGUCUGCGUGACAGAGCGCUAGUAGAACGAGUAUUGGAGUGCCUGGAAUUCAUGGCCGAUCUGCAGCAGGACUUGCCCGCUGUGAGGUGCAUCGCAUUGCUGAAGGAUCUGCUGUAUAUCGAGGAAGACGCUGCCCACAAUCAUGCCAAUUUAAACCCAAGCGGCGAACAGGAAAGGAGCAUGAUGAUUGUGCGGAUGCCAUUUUAUGGCAAUGUGAAGAUUUCUGGGCGCGGUAUUGCAUCCGUAACACUGCCAGGCUCGGAGCAAGAAGUCGGUCAAUCUGAGGGACUACAUAUCGGAGGCAUUGGUUCAGUCCGUAUCGUACGGCCCACUACACAGGCCGUGAAGCAAGUUGACACGAAUGUACCUCCGGACGGAGCUGCCUUCUCAGCAUACGAUUCAGACGUCUUACCGGUGCAAUAUCAGCACAACUUCGACCCGAGUCUGGAUGACUGGGCCUUCCAAGGUAUCGAUACUGCGUUCUUCGAGAGUCUAAUGCGAGAAGCCGGCACUAGCACCUGA